GAGUCAGUAGUGUCCCCAGUGUCCCUAUCGGGCAACUCGAUAGUAUAACUGACAGAUUGUUGUUGUCAAUAUAACCAUGCCAUGUCAGCCAGAUUGAAAUAUUCUCAAAAAGCCUAAAAAUGGAGUCAAAUGUAUACAAAGACGUGUUGAAAAGUAUCACGCAAUUUAAAGGUUUGACCAAGGAUUGUGAUAGGAUGCUACGAGAAACGUACCCCCAAAUUCCAGCAGAAACAUUGAGCAGUAUACUAUCAUUAGAAAUUAGUCAGCGAAUGAAAUUCAAUCACGCUAGAUUGCGUAGUCAUGGCAAAAAGUAUUAUCAGGAGUACAUGGAUGCUUUGCGAUGCGGAGAGCCAACAGGAAUCUUAAUUCGGAUGUCUGUAAAAACAGGCUUGUUACCUGCAUUACUCGCUAGAAUUAUUCUUGAGAACCAUUGCGAAGAUAAAAACAUAAAAUCAUGUCGAACUGAAGUCACUAAACUUCUGAAGGAUACAACACUCAUAGAAGACAAGGAUCUUGCUUAUGAAAUUUAUUUGUGCAUUAUUCAAGAUGACCGGUAUGGGCCAAUCUCCGAUGCUGAGAAACAUUCAGUUGGGCAAGAGUAUGAAGUAAAAUUACAGCGCUGUAUAAGAGAGCGUAAUAUAGCCUUCCAUGACGAGGGUCAUCUCAGAUUACGAGGAUAUGACAAAACGCCUGAUAUAAAACUAGAGGUUCCAAUAGCAGUUAAUGGAUUUGUCAUCAACUGGAUAGAAUCAAAAGCUUUGUUCGGGAAUAGUCAAGUUCACAAUCAGUAUAUGAAGGAACAGUUUCUUAGUUACUGGAAUAGGUUUGGUCCUGGGCUUGUGAUCUACUGGUUUGGAUACCUGGAUGUUCUCAAUCAAGACAACGAAAGAAAAUUUAUCAUCAUGGAUCACUUUCCCGAAGUUAUAACUUACAUGAAUCCCAAAUCUGUAAAAUCCUCAAUUCUCUAACACAAUUAAUCAACAUCCGUAUUCUUUCUCAACGUCUAUAGCUCCCAAAAGAACUCGGAAAAAUUAUGAAAUCCAAUAGCUAUAUAUGUAUAGUAGUGAGGAAAACUGGCUAUAGCUUACAACUUUUCAUCAGACGAGAUGGGAUAACUUAAAUAAUCUAAUUAAGAACCACCUUCGUUUUACUCGACAUAGUACUGUCUGCAAAUGCUUAUGUUUGCGUAUUUAUAGCCACAGAUACUUAUGUGUUGAAAUUAUUAUAAUAACUUUGAUAGAGUUACAGUAAAAAAUCAAAAAAAAACCUGAGGUAAUGCUUAUUGCUACGUGUCAGGCUACAGCAGCUAGAGCAUGGUGUAUGAACAUGUACUAGACAGUCUUGUUCGCAAUCGUGUUGGUUUUAUCCCGUUGAGAAGAAAAAAAACUCUAAUUAGCUAAGUGAUGUUCGAUCGAACGCUUCGUCAGUGUGGCAGAAUAUCAUACUUUGUUUUUCCCUCGAAUCUGCAAAAUUUUGAAUUUCGUACCGACAAACUAAACGCUUUUGGAAUGAGAAUCUUUGAAUGAACGGCACAUUAUAACGCUAGAUUAUUGAAUGAAUUUCAUUAUGGAGGAGAAAUGAAGCAGCAUCGGUAUCGUCAACAGAUUAGCAAAGUCUCAGAGCAUAACCGCGGUACAAGUACAUUGCGGUGCGCCAUG